CACGAUAAAUAUUAUACAAAGAAAAAAACAAAUAUAACUAAAAAAUUAAAUAUAAAAAUUAAACUUUUAAAAAUAGGUAAAACAAAAAAUAUACCUCUCAUUUUUGCUAUUAUUACUGUGUCCAUAUGGUGAAAUAUUUUCGCAUUAUUAAUUCUAAGGGUAAUUUUUUCAAAUAAUCAUUUUAAAUUUUUGUUACAAAAAUAGUCUUUAAAAAAGAAAAUGACUAAAAUAGUCUUUCUUUUUUAUUUUGAAAAUUUUUAUUUUAAUCUUUUAUUUUUUUGAAUUUGAAAUCAUAUCCCAUAAACCCCACGAUUUAAUUCUAAACUUAAGUUUAGAUUAGUUAAAUUUAGGGUAUUUUAACAUUUUAAUAAAACUUUUUUUUGGUCAUUUUUUUCAUUGAAAUUUGUUUCUAUAAUAAAAACUAAAAUAAAGCUAUCCUGAAUUUUUCUCAUUUUAAUUAAUAAUCCAAAAAUAGGAAUAGUCAAUUAAGCACAAUAAAAAAAUAUUAAGACAGCUUUCUUCGACUUGCUGACAAAAAUAAAUGAAGAAGUCUUUGCCUGAACCAAAUUUGCAUGACUCUGCUUGAGAAAUCUGGAUUGGAAUCUCUGAGAGAUGAUACUCUGUUUUUGAUCAGAAGCGGAGUCUGUGAAGAUGCUGCGAAUCUGAGUUGAUGCCUAAUCUAAGCUAAUCGCUCCGGCUUGACGAGCUCAGGCAAAGACUUCUUCUCACCUGUAUCUGAUUCUCCUAAAGAUAGGAUGAAAGAGAAGGGAGACUACGUGCCGCCGCGUUACAUUCCGUUAAGAGAGUCUGAGGAAGCUGAUGCUACAGAAGAACAAGCAACCACCACACCAACAAGUCUUGAAGUUGCUGUUUCUGGAGAGACAAGAGAUGGUCCGAAACAAUGGUCGUCUGGCAUAUGCGCUUGCUUCGACGACAUACAGAGCUGUUUUAUAGGUUUGUUCUGUCCGUGUUAUAUCUUCGGCAAAAACGCAGAGUUGUUGGGGUCUGGAAAAUUUGCAGGACCCUGCUUAACACAUUGCAUUUCAUGGGCGUUGGUCAACACCAUUUGCUGCUUUGCAACCAAUGGUGUGUUGCUUGGUCUACCUGGAUGUUUUGUGUCAUGUUAUGCUUGUGGAUACCGCAGAUCAUUAAGAACCAAGUAUAACUUACAGGAGGCUCCUUGUGGGGACUUUGUAACACAUUUCUUCUGUCACUUGUGUGCCAUUUGCCAAGAAUACAGAGAGAUCCGAGAACGUAGCAGCGGCUCAAAUCCUCCUGACAUGAAGAUGGCUGUUACUGACGCUCCCAUAGCUCAAACCAUGGAACCAGCUAACUGAUCACUACUAUUUUGCAAUGUAGAAGAUCUUAUGAUCACUUUUGCAAUGUAUUUGAGAAGUUUGGUGUAGUAUAAUUUUUUUAAGGCUCUAUAUAACUUUAUCAAAGAUAUAUAAAAAGUUGCAGCAUUCGGA